CUACUUAUUUCAGGACAAACCCAAACAACAUAUUAUAUAUACUCUUUCAGAUUAUUAUUUGUUUCAGGAAAUUCUCGUAUAUGCUAGUGUUUUGCGAAGAUAUGAGAACGUCACUAGAAGCUUAUGUGUUGGUGCUCUUAUGCCUUUUUCUCUCUUCAGGGCAUAGAAUUCAAGCUUUCUCUUAUGACUAUUCUGCAACAACUGAGUGCUUGAAAGAGCCAAAAAGAGCUCAAUAUGGAGGAGGAAUAAUAGCAAAUCCAGAAUUUACUGAUGGAAUAGAUAGUUGGAGUGUGUUUGGUAGAGGAGCCAUUAAAGAAGGAAUUUCUGAGAAUAGGAACAAAUAUAUUAUUGCACAUAGCAGAACAAAUUCACUAGACAGUUUCUCACAGAAGGUUCAUUUUGAGGAAGGAAAGCUCUACAGUUUCUCUGCUUGGGUUCAAGUCAAGAAUGAAAGUGAGAAUGUAGCUGUUGUUUUUAGAACAGCUAGUGGGGAGCUAAUAUAUGGUGGUAGAGUUAUAGCAAUGGAUGGUUGCUGGUCUUUGCUUAAAGGUGGUACAAUUGCAAAUUUUUCAUCAGGUCCUGUUGAUAUUCUAUUUGAGAGCAAUAAUACAGCAGUUGAAAUCUGGGUUGACAAUGUCUCUUUACAACCUUUUACAAUGGAGCAAUGGAGAUCCCACCAAGAUCAAAGCAUUCACAAGGAAAGAAAGAGCAAGUUAAGAUUCCAAAUAACAAACUCCAACAAGACUACAAUGGAAGGUGCAAUAGUAUCAAUAAAACAAAGCAAGUCAAGCUUCCCAUUUGGAUGUGGCAUGAAUCAUUUCAUCAUUGAAAAUAAAGAUUAUCAGAAAUGGUUUGCUUCAAGAUUCAAGUACACAACAUUCACUAACGAAAUGAAAUGGUACAGCACAGAAAAAAUGCGAGGUUAUGAAAAUUAUACUGUUGCAGAUGCAAUGGUAAGAUUCGCAGAAGAAAAUGAUAUUCGUAUUCGCGGCCAUAACAUUUUCUGGGAUGAUCCUAAAUACCAACCCGAGUGGGUAAAAAAUAUUUCUUCUGACGAAUUAAGAGAAUCUGCAGCCAAAAGAAUAAAUUCUGUGGUUCCAAGAUAUAAAGGGAAAUUAAUUGCUUGGGAUGUAAUGAAUGAGAACUUACACUUCAGCUUUUUUGAGGAUAAGCUUGGCAAAGAUGCUUCUUCUGUGUACUUUGCUUUAGCUCAUCAGCUUGAUCCUGGAACAAUGUUGUUUAUGAAUGAAUAUAAUACUAUUGAAAAUUGUGGAGAUGAGGCUGCAAAUCCUGUAAAUUAUAUUAGAAAAUUUCAGGAAAUCUUGUCUUAUCCUGGAAAUGAAAAGAUUUUAGCAGGAAUUGGUGUGCAAGGGCAUUUUGGUUCUGACCAACCAAAUCUUGCUUACAUGAGAGCUUCUUUGGAUAUUUUAGCUUCCUCAGGACUGCCUAUAUGGCUCACAGAAGUAGAUGUUCGCAGAGGCCCAAAUCAGGCAGAGUAUAUGGAGCAAGUUCUAAGGGAAGGGUACUCUCACCCUGGUGUGGAAGGGAUUAUCAUGUUUGUAGGACCAGCAAUAGCAGGUUUUAAUGUUACUACCUUAGCAGACAAAGACUUCAAGAACACUCCAUCAGGAGAUGUUGUGGAUAAGUUGAUUGAUGAGUGGAAAUUUAAAACUACAGAAAUUAAACCAGACAGUGAAGGAUCCUUUGAAGUUUCACUUUUUCAUGGAGAUUAUGACAUAACUAUUAAAGACCCAUUCAACAAUACCUUGACUAAUUUGAAUUAUAAACUUACAGAACAUGACACCAGAGACACUGUUCAGAUUCAUAUCAAUGCAUUCUGACACCAUCUUCUAAGCCCUUUCCCUUCUAAAGAUAGAUAUGAGACUUGAAUCUAUGAAUUUGCCAUACCAAAUUCCGUCAGUUGAAUCAUUUUUCAAGAAAUCCAAAAUGUUUCGGUAUAUGUUUCUAUGUAUUAUCUAGAUAUACCAAUGUACGAUUUACUACGAAAUAUUUACUCAUGAUGUAUUAAUGUAUUUAAACUAAUAUAGUUGCUUAGUAAAUUUGGGAAUGAAGGCCAAUUUGAAUAAUGUUUAUAUUUUA